CAGAGAUCCUGGAGCCCCUCAAACAUAUUUACAGCCAGCCCUGCAUUCCCAAUCAGCCUAAACAGCCAGCUGUGGUCGACAUCUCAGUCACAUGGGAUUUACUAAAGGAAGUGUCUGUCACUGUCCACCAAUCACAACACUUUUCCAGGGUGAGAGGUCACUGAUUUAUGCCCAGCUCACUGGACAGAGCUCAGAGGCAGCAGAGGGCUGUGUGACGCUGAACUACAGCCUGGCAGGUCAUCCCUCUGAGAACCAGCUGCACUUCAGUCUCAGACCUGCAGAGGACACUGGAUUAACAGUCCACAGGUUGGGUGCUCGCACUCUGAUUCGUUCCCUGGAGAUGAAGGAGAGAGAGCUCAGAGGACAGCAAGAUGGAGGAGUGAAGGAGAAGGUGGUGCAGCUCAGUGUCCAAUCAGGAGUGAGCAGUUCUUUCACUGCCUUCAUUGCUGUCAACAAAGACAACGGAGAGGCGAUCCAAGGACCUCUGCGCCACAGACAUAUUCUACCACCCUGUGAGUGAUGGCUGUCCAUUCUUCCUGUAAAAGGUGUAAGUAUAAACCUGAAUGAAUGGGAUUAGAAACUGU